CCGGAGGGAGCCGGGCGGGAGCUCGGGGUCACCGCGGCCCGCCCGCCCCGCCGCGGCCGAGACGCGCGCAAACGCCUCCGUUUCACAAAACAAAGGGGAGGCACGGGAGGUGCGCGGCCCGCUGGGCUGAGGCCUCGGCGGCGGCCCCUCCGGCCCGGGCGCCGCGGCAUCUCGGGAGGCCAUGGAGAGGAGCCCGGGGGGCGGCUGGCGCGCGGGGUCCGACGGCCGCCGGGCGCCUCCGAAGACCACGCCGGCGGUGGAGGAGCUGCGGCGCCGCGUGCAGGAGACCCUGGACCUGCUGUCCCCGCGGGAGCUGAGCCACUUCCGCGUCCUCCUCAAGACGGUGGACGAGGGGCCGCGCGUGAGCCCCCUGCGGCUGGAGCUGGAGGGCGGCAGCGCGGCGGGGCUGGCGCUGCUGCUGGCCCAGCACUACUACCUGCCCGCCGCGGCGCGCGUGCUCUCCAAGGUGCUGCAGCAGCUGCGCCGCGCCGACCUGCUGCCGCGCUGGCAGGGCGCCGACGCCGACGGCAGCUGGGAGGUCCCAAGAAAGAUUCUAAAGAGAAGCUAUGACUGCGUGGAUGGCGAACUGGACUGUUAUGACCUGAGUGGCAAGCGGAAGGCUUUCCUCAUGUGUGUGGAGAAGAAUAGACCGGGGGCUCACCGGGACAUCAUGCUAAUGACCAAAUGGCUUGGCCAGUGCCAGUUUGAGCAUACGUCGUGCAUCGAUCCAAACAAGAUGGAGUUACUUGGGAAAAUAUCAUCAUUUCGUGAUGGACUCAAUGAGAUUAAGGAUGACGUUGGCUGUUGCCUUGUUACUCUUAUGUCCCAUGGGGAGAAAGGCUUUAUUAAGAUGAAAGAUGGUGAAAAAGUUAGCCUGGAGGACAUCUUUGAAAUGUUUAAUAAUAAAAAUUGUCCAGCACUUCAAGAGAAACCAAAGAUCUUUAUCAUCCAGGCCUGCAGAGGAGACAAAAGAGAUAAUGGUGUGGAGACGGACGAUGAACCCAUGGAGUCUGACGACGUUUCGGAAAAGAGGAGGCUGCCCACCUUCAGCGAUUACUUCAUCAUCUACCCGACCCAGGCAGAUCAUGUCGCCUUACGGCACCCUCGCACCGGCUCGGUGAUGAUUGAAGCAAUGGCUGAGGUCUUUAAACAGCACGGAAAUAAGUGCCACAUCGCUGACUUUUUCACCAAAGUGAAUAACAAAGUGGUGCACACUGAAUUUCAUCUACACGAGGAACCCAUAAAAGUAUCGCUUGUCAUGGAAUCGACUUUAACUAAAUCGGUAUACUUUUGACAUUGGGAGGAUGAAAAGCGAAGGGCGGCUUCAUAACCGACAGUGUAAAGAGCCGAGGGCGUUUGUAGCGUAGUUGUAAUGGUUCUCAUUCGGUGUCAUUUCUGUCAUCACUCGGAUUUCUCCAACUUGUUUUGCAUAUAGAUGGUAUUUUUCCAAGAUCGGACCAUGUUUAUUUGACACUUGUAAAUAAUUCGACUUGUUUUAAAAGAUCACUGUUUUUUGAAAAUGUUUCCUGAGCAGUUAAGCAAAACAUGGAAACCCAGCUUGAUUUGUGGACCACUUUUAGGAUGUGCUUCCCUUACUGAUUACACUCCACCCUCUCCCCUUUUGGUGCUGGUGUUCACCCCCGUUUUCUUGGCUUCGUCUUCAAGAACUGUCUUUACGUCGUCGGGUCAUGUUUCACCUGAUUUCUCCCAUGUUGUUGUCUGCCACCAAACUCGGCUCCUUGACCCCAUAAGCCAUUUUCGAGUCUGACCCGGGCGUCUUCGUUUGUACUUUGUGCCUCUGACGCCUCGUGUUUCCGCCUUCCACCCAUUCCCCAGCCUCUCCCUUGCUGCGUGGUCCCUCGGAACUGCUGUCUUCUCUGCCUGGAAUGCUCUGUUCUGCUCCAGUCCUUACUGGCCCUCAGGGUCUGGUGCAGGCUUCGCACAGGAGCGCUCUCUGCCAGGCCCUCCCGCUCGGUCAGCCCUUCCUGAGCGCUCUCAGACCCUGUGCUUUCCUUCUGCAGCCCUCAGCACUGCUGUACUUACAGGACUGUGUCGCGGCCAUUGAUCUCUCUCCUGUUCAUUCAGUCAUAAGCUCCCAGAGGCAGAGGCUGUGCGUCUCAUUCCCUGCUGUAGCCCAGCUUCCAUCCGGGCCUUAAGGCCUAGAGAAGCACUGUGAUGAAUGCUUCCCGAAUGACUAAGCUUCUGUCGUUUCAUUGUUUUGUCCACUCGUCAGACCUCACCUCAUUACCUCUGUGCAUCUGGCCACCUUCUAGUCAUGCGCACCUGCCUGGGUGUCCUGCGGCUUCUGUAACUCAGUAAGUCCGAAGUCAACCUACAUUUCCCUUAAAUGUCUUCACAAAACUCAUCCCAUUGUUAAUAAUCCUCUGACCCCCCCACUGCCUGCCGAAUAUACUCAGAUUCCUAUAGGAGAAUAUUCCAAGUCCUUCUCUGCCAGGCCUUAACCUACACUCCUUGUGUACCGCCUGUCUGUCCUGGGUCUUGGCCACGUGGGGGCAUCUGCCCUCCCCUCAAGAACCCUGUCUCUCAGGAUCAGGCUUGUGGAUUAAUGAAUGUUGAAUGAAUCCUCUUGGCUUUAUCAUCAUACUUCAUUCUCUCCCUUCUGCCUGAAACGUCCUCCGUCCCAUUGUAGGCCUCCUCGAUCCCUCGCAUUCUUAAGGGUGCGACUCGGGUCCCAUCCCCCCAGAAGGAAAACUGUACGCAGACCAGUGUUUUUCGAGUGAACAAACUCUGGGCUGAAGAUGACCUUUCAUUGUGAUUGUGUUUGAACUUUCCGUGUGACCUUGGACUAUGCUAAACCCUGGUUCCCGUAUCAUAAAAGGAGGUUUGGCUCAGCCGAGAACUCAGUCAGUCCCUGGACUUUGUGAACUUUGGCUUCUCCGUAAGCUGUUCAUGAAUACGCUGCUGGUGGGGCCGUUCCUGAUCCCGCAGGGUCAAGCCGGCAGCUGCGUAAGACCGUUGGGCCUGUGUGAGGAUGCAGGUGUUCGGGGAAGAUGCCCUGAAGAUUGAGGCUCACGACGACUGAAGCAACCAGGAAUCUCCAGGCCCGUCUCCAUUUCAGUGGACAACUGUGUCCUUUUUUAGUUAAUGUGAUUUUUUUCAAGUCUCUGUAUGUAUGAUUUGAUUUUUAAAAACUUUUUUGAGUUUUGAUAUUUGAUAUGUAAUUUUGCAUAAAAUUAAUAGGGCAUUAAAAUGUCACCUUGGUUCAUAAAAUAGGAA